AUGCCGCCAAUCUAUUACCUCAACCCACCACCAAAUCCCUUCUGGGAAUUUGUUGCUGGCCUAGAAGACCAUCCACUGUUUGGCCAACAACGUCGCCCAGUGCCACCAACACCACCGACUCAACCACCUAGACCAAAUGCUCAGGAGCAAACCACUUCCGGCCCAAGUGAGAAGGGCAAGGGCAAGCAAGCCGAAGAGGUUAAUACUGAGGACCCACCAGAGGUCGAUCCAUCCACCCUCGACGGUGAAGGCUCCAGAGAAUUCCCCUUCCGUGGUCGUGGCCGCUUUGGCAACGCCUUUGACAACGACAAACAAGACAAGGAGAAAGACGGCGAUAGUGACGGAGAGAGCUGUCGCAAGCGAGGCGGCCGAGGCUGUCCAGGCAGGCGAGGCUGGCACCGUGGCGGUCCCGGCGGCUAUGGUCCACCACCAUUUGCCUUCGGUCCUCCAUGGGCAAGACAUGGUCAUCCCGGUCCAGGAGACUUCCCUGAAGGCGGUGCACCAUUCAGAGGUGGCCCCUUUGGCGGGCGUGGAUGGGGUCCUCGCGGUAGAGGCGGCCCUCACCACCACCAUCAUCAUGAGCAUCAUGGUCGUCGAGGACAAUCUCCACCAUCCCCUCCCCAGGGUGGCUUCGACCUCGGUGCCUUUCUCAACAAACUCGGUGAACGGCUUGGUGUCGACUUGAGUGCUGCUGCCGAAGGACUCGGGCUCGAGGUCGACCGCUUCAAGGCCGGUCGCACCGGCACAGACGUGGACUUUGAACCCCGCACAGACAUCUUUGACAGCAAGGACAAAUACACUAUCCACCUAUCCCUCCCAGGCGCCAAGAAAUCCGACGUCGGCGUCGACUGGGAUGGCGAGCAAUCUGUCCUCCGCAUUGGUGGCGUGGUCCACCGUCCCGGCAUUGACGAGGAGAUGAUGCGUCAACUGUCUGUUGACGGUCGCAAGCGCGAGACCGGUGUCUUUGAGAAGAACAUCCGUCUCGGCACAAAGAGAGAUCCUGCCAGCAUCGACGUUUCAGGAAUCACAGCCAAAAUGGUUGACGGCGUCCUGGUGAUCGUCGUUCCCAAAGUGGAGAAGAAUUUCGAGAAGAAAGAGGUUCGCGUUGAUGGUUCACCUGAAAUCCCAGUUGAACAACCUGAAGAUGCAUACAUGCACGAAGAUGACCUCCUAUUUGACGCUGAGGAAGGCAGAGAGGAGGAGGCUGUCCUCCCGCACCACCCAACACCCGCCAAGGCAUCUUUCGGCGAAGCGACAUCUCCUACACCCAAGGGAAAACAACAAGAAGUUGAACAAGAACGUGCAAGAUCGGAGACCGUGGAUUUUGAACACCCACAUGAAACGGUUGAGACCUUGCCCAAGUACGAAAAGGAAGAUAGUCACUCGCAUGAGGAGGAGAUGAGUGACUGGGAGAAGCCUGGCUCUGAUGAUGAGGGCGACUAUGUCAAGAUCAAUGUCAACUGA